AUGAGCAGCAGAGUGUGUGGCAGAGUCCUGCAGAGGCUGCAGACCAGCAGCUCUGCUCCUGCAGCUGCUGCAGUCUGGAGGAGCUGCAGACUGCAUGCAUGGCCGAGCUGUCGACUGCAUGCAUGGCCGAGCUGUCGACUGCAUGCAUGGCCGAGCUGUCAGCCUCACAGAGGAAUGAAUAACUCCAGCAGAGGAACCAUGAAUGUGUUUGAUCGGACCAUGAAGAGGAAGCAGAAGAACUGGGCAGCAGCUCUGCAGGACGGCCAACAGUUUGACUACCUGAGAGACGAGGUCGGCAGUCAGGUGGCUGAUCGGGUUUACGACGUUGCUCGCACGUUUCCUCUGGCGUUGGACAUCGGGGGGGGAAAGAGUCACAUCGCUGAGCAUUUAAGCAAAGAAGUUGUGGAGCGUUUGUUCCUGACAGACAUCUCAGAGACGACUCUGAAACACAGAAGACCGAGCGAGAUCCCGACACAGUGCUUCCUGGCUGACGAGGAGUUUUUACCUUUUCCAGAGAACACAUUCGACCUGGUGAUGAGCAGCUUGAGUCUGCACUGGAUUAAUGAUUUACCUGGAGCUCUGAGACAGAUCCAUCAGGUGCUGAAGCCGGACGGCGUGUUUAUCGGAGCGAUGGUUGGCGGGGAAACGCUGUACGAGCUGCGCUGUUCCCUCCAGCUGGCUGAGACGGAGAGGGAAGGAGGGUUUUCCCCCCACGUCUCCCCCUACACUGCCGUCACCGACCUGGGCAACCUGCUGGGCCAGUCCGGCUUCACCCUGCUCACUGUGGAUGUUGAUGAAGUUCAGGUUCACUAUCCAGGAAUCAUUGAAGUCAUGACCGACUUACAAGGUAUGGGCGAGAGUAACUGUGCUUGGAACCGGAGGUCACUGUUGCACAGAGACACCAUAUUAGCAGCAGCAGCUAUUUAUAAAGAGAUGUAUGGAAACAAGGACGGGUCCAUCCCUGCCACCUUUGAGAUCCUCUACAUGAUUGGCUGGAAGCCUCAUGAAUCACAGGCCAAACCAGCGAAGCGAGGCUCAGCCACUGUGUCGUUUGGAGAUUUGUCAAACAUCAGUCAGCCAACCAACACAAAGAAGUCAUAGAAACAUCUGAACCACUGAUCAGCUGACACACUGAAGAUUGUAAAUACUAUAUUUUAUUUAAACACC